CGGAGGGCGUUCGCCGUUUCGGGAGGCGCGUCCGGGGCGGGGCGGGCGGCUCGGCUCGGGGCCCUGCACUGGCACCCUGCCGGCCGCGGGCGCUGGAGGCACUGGCGCCGGUGAGCGGCCGCGGCGCGGCCCGUGUAGGGAAGGGUCUGCCGGCGGGGGGGCUGUUGCCUCACUUCGUACCGGGCAGGCCUGGUCCGUGCGCGCCGGGGCAGCGGGGAGGGGAGCAGUUCCUGGCAGCUGUAGCGAAGCUCAGCGAACCCCGCGGCCCAGCCGGUGCGGGUUAGCGAGUGUCGGGCUCGGCUCGGGUGUCGGCCGUGUUUCGGGCUGGGGUGGGCUGGUCCUGCCCUUCGGCUACCGGGCCAGUGACGGGCUCGGCCGGAGCAGUGUCGCCGCCUCGCCUUCUCCCCUGGCCCGCCCGCUGGGCCAACGGGCCGCUCGCCCCGGCAGUUCCCAGGCGUGAGGCCGCAGAGGCGCUCCGCAGCCCGGAGCCUGUCCCGGCGGGGAAAGGAGGCUGCUUCUCCUCACCCGCACUGUGGCAGGAGAGCGGGCUGGGCCCUGGCGCUGCCUCUGUCUGCCAGUGCCCGUUAGAAACACGCCUCUGGAGGGCGCUGGUCGGGCCCUGGCCGCUAGUGACCUGGGUUGCAGUGCCUGCUGUUCCGCUGGGGCUCCGGCACCUUCCCGCCGAGCAGAGGAACCGCAGCCUUUCGGUGGUUGUAUCCAUGGUCAUGGGGCAGGGUUGCGGUUUUCUUUAUCCCCACCUCAGAACACGCAGCUUGAGGAAGUGAGGCUAGGAGCGUUGGCUUCAAACUGCCCCUUUUACGGCGAUAUUAGCAGCAGCAUCUCUGCUCUUCACUUAAUUUUGUGCAGAACAAGAUGAAUAGUGUUAAAAUAUGCAAAGUUCUUGUUUAAAUUUCUCUAAAUGACUCUGGUAAAUGCUUUUCCCUGCAUGAUAGACUCUUCCUGUUACUAUGGAUCAAUACAUCCACUUGCCAUGUCCCCGUUUGCUCUUAGGUGCUCUGCAUGCCCAGCUCUGGAGAUGUUUCAUCUGCCUUCAGCUCAUGCGGUGGAACUGUGUGGGGGCUGUGCACUGCAGGAGGGCAGGCAAACACAGUUAUCUGAAAAGUCACCUGGCAAAAGACCGUUUUUAUUUUAUUUUUUUCUUUAAGCUAGAUCUCUUUCCUGACCUGAUUGAUGCCAUGGUCUCAGAAACAGUUGUGAUGGCCCAGGGCCUGGCAUGAGUGACCUGGGCAAGAGGAUGGACUCAAGAUGUAAAACAAGUGUCACCUAAAGUGUCCCAUGUUGAUAAUUGCCUAGAAACAGACGUGGUGAUGAAAAGGAGGUCAAGAGAGAAAAAACAAAGCUAAGCUCAAGAGAAGAGAGGCAGAUAGAUGGAGAUGAGAAACAUCCCCCACAGCAGCAGAAGGUACCAGCUGAAGAACAGCAGUGGCCAGAGAAUAUGCCUGAGUGGGAAGAAAGGAAAUCCCUGCUAGCUCAGAGAAGAGUGGAGUCUGUCAGACUGCUUACAGUGCUGUUAAACCGUGUGAAAGAUUUUGCACAGUUGGCCAGUCAUAAAGUGGAUCCUUCAUUGAGUGUAAGGAAGGAUGAUUCCUUUUCUGAAACAGCAUUGAAAGACUUGCCUCAGGAACUGAUUUGCUCCCGUUACCAUGCGCACAAAGAGCUGAAACAUAAGGAGGAGGUUAAGUGCCUGUUACCCAAAAGAAGUGGCAACUUGUGUAGUGAGGAAGGAGAUGUGAGUAACUUCCAGGCAUCCACUUGCCAUAUAGUCAGGACAAUUUUAAAUGAUCCCUCUAGAGCCCUGAGUUCUGACAGACUGCUUGGCAGAGAUGUGGACUACUCCUUUGGCUGUGGAUCUUUACUCAUUACAGUUACGCAAGACUGCAGGGUCAUCAAAUCUCUCGAUGGAAAGGACUACUCAGCAUUGAAUGUAGCUCACACACAGACAGCAUCUGACAAAGACUGUUGCAAAAAGCAAAAGGUUUAUGAGACUGAUGAAUUCAUCCAUUAUUUACUAAACUACUACCAGACACCAGGCUAUGCACGCGUUUGCUUAGAGCCAAAGAAGACUGCAGACAAGACCUGGUGGAAGAGAGUGGUGUCUGCUGAUGAUAGUGGUGUUGACAUCAGUUUGAGUAACAAACAUGGUCAGCACUUCAGAGAAGUGAGUCCUGUACAAAAUCGCAACAACAGAAAUGAUGGUAACGAUAAUGAUAGGCUGGUGAUCACUGUUGGGGAGCUUGAGUCAAGAGACACAGCAUUAGAAAGCAAGGCCUGUGGGGGUAGGCUUGCAGAAAAGUUACAAGUGCAGAAGAAUGACUCAUUCACUGUUGGUAAUUUACCACAUGCUGGACUGAAUCAUUCUGUGGAUUGCACUGCUGUUAGCCAUAAUAAGGAAUUCAAGCAAGAUGGUAGCAGUGAAGGUACUGUACCAUACAACACAUGUAGAUCCUGCAGAUUGAAGGAUUUGUUGGAAGAGAUCAGUGAUUCUGAGUACUUUAGAGAGGCACAUAGUAGCUCAAUGAAGAGAAUGGAAAGAAGAUGUGAAGAAAUUUACAGCAGUUGUAAUAAAGGGUGCUUACCUGCAGGAGCUGAGGAGAGAAAAUUACUGGUUUACCUUAAAAAUGUAACUCUGGAAGGUCAAGAGAAGGAAAGCAGCAAAUGUAGCUUCUGUUGUAAUUCCGUCCGAGAGGGCUUGGUGAGGAAGUGUGAACAUGAGCUUAAAAAGUCAUGCAAGAGGCCUAGCAGUAAAUUAAGAUGUGAAGGACAGAAAAGUGAUAGAAAAUCCAGGGGAGAUGAGAGAAAUGAUCACAAAAUCAAGAAGAAGCGGAAAGAAUUUUCUUCUAAUCUUUUAUCUGAUGAAUGUGGCUUUUCAGAAAUGGACAGUUGCAUGCAGCUGGAGUCGUUCAGAAAGAUACAAAGAAAAUAUGAGAGAAUGUUCCACAAAAAAGUGAAAUUCGAGACACUUCACACUGCCAUAGCAGCACCAGAUGUUACCCUUCAUGAUGGCUUACCACUUCAAGAAACCCUCCAGAGGACAGGAGAUGAGAGGAAAUUAAUGCUGAGAAGAGAGAUGGAUGUAGAUGUCAGAGGAUGCCCUCUAUUUCCUCUCGAGAUAAUUCAGACAAACCCCUGCUCAGAUACUUUCUGUGGAGCAGAACCCAGAAGAGGAUGUUGAACAGCGGCUACAUAAUAGCUCUUUUCAUAUGGAAGUGGGAGAAGAAAGCCCUUUGACCAUUAAAAGGUAUAUGAAAUACUGGAGUAUUUAGCUUAGGUAAUUCUUUUGGCUACAAUUUUUAACUGGUGUAGUGAGCCACAAAACCGGAAUCAGUGUUUACGUUUUGGAUAACAGGACCAAAGCUUACCCCAGGGCCAGACAAACUUUCAUGGACCAGUUGCUAAAAUUGGAAAGGAUACAGAUUGAGGUCUCAGAGCAUUAUACUCUAUACAUGCACAGAGCCAUGUAAAUAGCAGUUACAGUAUUUAGUAGUAAACAAUCAUUGGAAAAAACAUAGCUAUGUAAAUCCUACAGCAAGCACAUGAAGUGCCUCCUCAAUGAGGUUGUUAAUAUGAUGGGCCUGGAAGGUAUGGGGAGGACAUACUGAAUCGUGGGAAGUAAGAGAUUUCCAAAUGUGAAAAAAAAUCUCAUUUUCUGUAAAAAUACACACUAGAAAAAUGUUUGGUUUCUAUUUACAAUUCUAGAGAUGUUUCUGGAAGCUCACUGGUCUUUGAGAGGAAGGAUUUCACUGCACUGCACUGUGCUAGAUGCAGUGCUUCCAGAAAUUUGAUUGAUUGUGUAAGUGAAGCUCUGAAUGUUAGCCAGUGACAGGGCAAUGUUUGUCAGCGUGCUGGCAGUCCCCAUGUACAUGCAGGUUGAAAAUCUGAAAUUUGUUGGCACUUCUGAAGGCACUUGUAGUGAGGUAGGUAUUUAGUAUGAAUUUGCUUACAAAUAAUUCCAGAGGAAUUGUCAAAUGUUGUCAGACUUGUGCUGCCUGUAGGUAAAAAUGUGAAAAUGCAAUCUAGGCAUUUGAAUUAUAUUCAUGUCUACUCAGCUGGCUAGAUUUAAAAGACAGCCACAAUUGCUUGUGGACAAAGUCCCUUUGCAAGAUAGAGAAGUCCAGUUCCAAGUCCAAUACGUGAUUAUUUCAGCUUUCAUUUUAGUAUUAUGUGUCAAUGUUAAUGUGAUAAUGUUGCCUUCAUUACAUACACUCUUGCCUAUGUUUGUAACUUCUGCUCUAAGAAAUAGUAGGUUUUUUAAAAGUAAUUGUAAUUGGUGGUGGUAGACAGAUUUUUCCCCUAGUGUUCAGUACUGAUGAUUCCUACAGGUUUCUAAGCCAGGCUUUGGCAGUCUUCUCUGUUCAGACGUCGAGUGCCUUUUCAGGGUCAUGAAUGACAAAUGGUUGCUACUCAAAGUACUGUUAUCUAUUGCUUUUAUCUAAAAAGUUCUUAUUUUCUUGACAGAAAUAUUUUCUGACUAUUUUGGAAAACAUUCAUGCCCCUCUUAAGUCUCCUUUUUAGUAUUUUAUAGAGUUAUAAUGAAGAUCAGCUGUUGUAUUUGUUGACCAUGUGAAAUGUUUCCGUUGCACUGAUGUGACAUAACCAAGAAUGAUUUUUUUUUUUCUAUGCAAUAUUUGCAGAUUAAAGAUGACAAAACUUCCCCCUCUGUCAAUCUAUAGACAGUUCUGUGUCCUCAAGUGCCCAUUUCCCAUGAGACAGGCCUUUCAGUGACAGGUGAGAAGGGUGUAUUUGUUCUGGUUGAUCUGAGGGACCAGAAGCUAAGGAUUUCCAUUGGUGUAAAUUUCCAGUGUUUUAUUAACAUGUUGUCACAAUAUUCAGCAGCAAAUAAAUAACACCACUUUGUAAUUGCUUCUUGCCUUCACCUGUAUUGAUCAAAACCAACAAAGCAAAUUCUGUCUCCAGUUCCUCAUUCUGUGUAAAACGUUGUUAGUAAAUAAAACAUGCCUGCACUUUAAA